AUGACCAUGGAAAUGACAAGAAACCUCGAUAUGGGGGGUAAGAAUAAUAAUGGGGGCAAUAAUCACGCUAAUGGUGAUGGUAAUUAUCAAGGGAAUCGUAGCAACUACCAAGAGAAAGGACAUAAGGCUAAUCAGUGCCCCAAGCGUCAGAAUAAUGGACAAAUUAAAAUGGGAACAAUGGGGGAAAUAGGAAUGGUCAUAGGCCUAAUCAGAACCAGAACAACAACAACCGCCUCUAUAUAUAACAAUAACAACUCCGAGGGUCAGGCUUCGAAUGCUCAAGGAGGGAACAAUACUCAGCAUAAUGGUCAGAAUAACAAUCGAGCAAACGGAGGAAACAACAAUCAGAACGACAAUGAAAAUGGCGCUCGAGGAAAUAAUGGAAGAAUCUAUGUUAUGAACCAGAAUGAAGCAGACACCAACGCCAAUGUUGUGACGGGCCUCGUAAACUGUAACCCUGCUUACUUGCUUUUUGAUUAUGGGGCGUCUCAUUCUUUCAUAGCUAGUUCAUUUGUUGAAAGGUUAGGGCUAGAACCCUCAAUCUUGUGUCAAACUUUCAUAACAAUACCUUCGGGAGAAGUAGUUUCUUGUAGUUCACUAUACCAAGACAUACUCUUUACCAUAUUAGGAUCUGAUUUGCCUGCUGAUCUUAUUCAGUUUGACUUACCCGACUUUAGUGUAAUAUUGGGAAUGGAUUGA